CUUUGACAGGCUGGUACGCAAACUUUAUGGAUAAAAUGGAUUGUAGAUGUAGUUUUUCCUUAUACCAAGAGACCUUGAUUGCUACGGAAGACAAUUCUGAAUUACUAAUUAAUCCAUCACCAUUUGAGUUUUUUAGUGCUCAACAAAUCAUUUCUCCGGACAAUAUGUAUGAAACGUGGAUGAAAAUACCCACUCACAGAACAUUAGAUGGCUCUAACAUUCUUAAUCCAUCCAACGUCCCUCUUAACGAUGAUGGUAGUGACAUGGUGAACAAAGGCUUCUCUAAAAUUCAAAACAGACUGACUGCGAAUGGUGGGUUGUUACGAAUAACAUCACAUUUAACAUCAUUGAUUGGUACAUUAUUGAAGGGACUGUAUUUUGCUGUCCCUUUCAUCUUUCUAGAUCACAACGAACAAAGGUCAACAAGGCGACGCCCAUGGUCUGUUUUUAUGAUAUCGCUUCUGCUGUCAUCAACAGAAUCCUGUUUUGACGUAUUUAAUGAAAGACUCGGUAAUGCUACCGCCUCAUCAUCACCGUUAUGAUAUCGACACGAAGUUUACAUUAGGCAAUGCAACUCUAUCCCUGACCAUAACCAAUGUGUCUGUAGAAGAUGCUGGUAUCUACCGAUGUAUCUUAGACUUGUUAAAUGUACACCAAGAUAUAAAGCUCAUUGUCAAUGGUGAUGCUGGCUUUGAAUGGAUACCUAGUACUCAAGCCCCAAUAAAAAAGACUUUAAAUCAAGAUAUUGAAUUAACAUGGACGUACAGAACUAGUAAACGGAUACAUAAGAUCAUCAUUUAUAGAACGAAGGACGAAGAAAGCUCGCCUGAAAAUGUUGGAGUAUGGACAGUUGGAAAUGGGUACAAACCAGAUCCAUCUCUGUCAACCGACGUUCACUUCAGUAAAAAUUUCACCAACGAUGGUGGGAAAGUCAGCAUAAAAUUAAUACGUGCUAUCUACAAAGAUUUUGAUCUGACCUACUUUUGUCACGUUUACUGUGAAGGCUCGUUUGACGAUAAACAAGGAAUUGAACUAACGUCUCACAGACCAAAAUGCAGAGCUGAGUCUAAACAUAUUGAAGCCAGAGAGAAGGAAGCUGCUGUGUUCAAGUGGAGUUUUGAAUAUCCUUAUGGAGCAGUAGCCGUAAUGUUCUGGUUGGAAACAACAAACGUAGUGGUGAGUUAUGCGAAUAUUCAACGCAAAUAUGUUGAUGAUAUUGGUUUCUGGUAUAUGGAUACGUUUGAACUAUAUUCUCACUUUAAAGGAAAGUUUUCAUUCAGCAAAAGUGUACCUGAUAUCGAUGGGAAAGAGUGGAUAACUCUUACACUACGUCGUGUUACCAGGCAAGAUUUCAACGCAACAUACUUCUGCAAAGUCGUUCAUGGCGAUGGCCAGCUGAGUCAAUGUAAAGUUAUCUUAACACAAAAGUUUGAUUCAGAGCCAGAUGAUGUAAAAGGUGAUGAGACUAGGAAUCAAACAUCCAAGGAACAUACACCAUCGUUGGGUUUGAUAAUUCCAUUUGUAGUAAUAACAACAGUGGUCAUAAUUUUAGUACUGGUACUGGCUUACCUAAUCUACAAAAUGAGAAAUAGAAAAAAGAAGAGAUGUACGACAGAUGAUACUGAUUGUGCUGAUGGCGUGUGUAUUACUCCGUCUAACCAGGACGUUAUUACCAGUAAUACUUCGCUUGUUACUUCUACGUAGAUCUGAGUUAUAGAAAUCUUUGAAAGGUUGUGAAUCUUCAAUCAUUUAUUGCUUUGCCUAGCCCAAUUACAAUAAUUUACAAUCAAAUUUUUUCAAAAAUUCCAAUUUUUUCAAAAAUCCCAAUUUUUUCAAAAAUCCCAAUUUUUUCAAAAAUUCCAAUUUUUCCCCCCCCCAGGCUUACCUAAAUUUCGUUUCAUCUUAUAUGCCCGAGAUCGUAAAUUUGUGCUUUACCCUUUCAAUGAAGACGGCCAAAUCUUCAUUGUCGCUCAUAUUGGUUCUAGCGAGGUAAGCAAGGUCUUAUUUUCUCACUAAGAUGUUCAGUUACAUUUGUCAGGCGUUCACUGACAUGCGACCGUUUAGCAGUAAAAAGUUGCCCAGUAAAAUUGACUGGGAAGCCAAACUUUUUCGCCAAGGAUUCAAUAACACGGUCCCUGAACGUACAGGGCGAGUGUAAUGAAACCUACGUUCAGAGCUGAACUAAUCUGAGCUAAGCUAACCACGCUGUUUCAGCUUUUGCUUUUCAUUUAUUCGACACCAAUGUCAGGCAUAUAGAACCGCUGCAUUAGAAUCGUCACCAGGACUUCAGUUAUUUCCCAUAAACCCCCAGCUCUAAGCUAUUGGCGAAUUUAAAGUGCCCUCUGUAACAUAUCAAACUGAGUCAAAUAUGACUUCAACCUAUUUGCAGGAGACUGUUCAUCGUAUGUUCCAUCCAGGACGGGGUUGGAUGGCCGAAUGGUUAGCGCGUGCGCGCUGUAACAUAAAGUCUGUUACCACCACUAACAGUUGGAAAUGAUACAAUGUUUACGCCCACCGAUAAAGCCAAUGCCCUUAAUAAUUAUUUCAUUCAACAAACUGAACUGUUAAGUACUAACAAAACUCUUCCACUCCUCCAAAUGAAUACUAAUUAUAAUAGCUUAGACUCGAUUGUACCAACCCCUGGAGAAGUUAAGGACAUAAUAAAUAGCCUAGAUACAUCAAAAGCUUCAGGUCCAGAUGAAAUAAGUCCAAAAAUCUUAAAAUAUAUCGUUAAUGAAAUUAGUAAUCCCUUGUGCCAACUUUUUCGUUUUUCACUAGAAACACACGCUGUCCCAAACUUAUGGAAAUUUGCAAAUGUCAUGGAUAUUUUUUUAAAGGACACCCAGCCGACUGCUGCAAUUACAGACCCAUUUCACUCUUGAGCAUUAUUAUAAAAAAUUUUGAGAAAAUAAUAUAUAAACACGUCUUUAACUUCUUCAAGGACAAUUCAAUACUAACAGCACUUCAAAGUGGCUUUCUUCCGGGUGGGGGGGGGGGUUGGAUGGCUGUAUCAUAAAGUCUUUCAUUGAGUCGACUGGCGUGGUUUCGAAUCCCCGGUUGUACGUGACAAGGAGUAGGGUCGAUUGUCCAACCUCGUGGGUUUUCUCCGGGUCCUCCGGUUUCCUCCCACUGCUAAAAACCCCUAUGCGCAAGCGAAUUAUUGAAAUAAAAUUAAACCAUGUGUUAGUCCCGAAAUCACUUCUUUUGUCAAGCCAUUGAUCAUAACAAAUAUACCAGGAUCGUGUUUUGUGCCAUCAGCAAGGCUUUUGACAGAGUCUGGCACGCCGGACUCUGUCAUAAGCUGGAAGCUGCUGGGGUCAGAGGAGGACUGCUGUUAUGGUUCAAGAACUAUCUUGAAAAUCGACAACAAUGUGUUGUGAUAAACGGAAUAUCCUCGGACCACAGGGGUAUUCCCGCUGGUGUCCCACAUGGAAGCGUAUUAGACCAUUAUUAAUUUUAUUAUAUAUAAACGGCAUUGUGAAUAAUAUACAAUCGAACAUCCGACUUUUUGCUGAUGAUACCUCUCUGUAUCUGAAAAUCGACGACCCAGAGGCAUGCGCACUUACAUUAAAUAAAGAUCUUGAAACAAUUAAUUCAUGGGCGGAAACAUGGCUAGUGAUAUUUAACCCCCUCAAGACAGAAACUUUGACCUUCACAACUAAACGCAGUGUUGUAAAACCACCCCUUCUAAUGAACUCAAUAGGAAUAAAGGAAGUAACUGAACAUAAACACCUCGGACUUAUCUUUCAAAGCAAUUGUAAAUGGAACAGCCACAUUGAUAGCAUAAUUAGCAAAGUAUCAAAAUUAGUAAACAGUCUUCGCUCCUUGAAAUAUCGUCCAAAUAGAAAAUCGCUACACACCCUAUAUUCUUCCUUCAUUCUGCCACACCUUGAUUAUGCCGAUGUUAUCUGAGACGGGUGCACUGACUACUUAUGUAAUAAUCUUGAAUACCUUCAGCUUGACGCACUGCGCACUAUUUGUGGGGCAGUUAAGGGUACUAGCUAUGCUUCCCUCUACGCAGAAACUGGGUUUAUUCCACUCAAAGAAAGCCGAAAUCGACAUAAAUUAAAACUACUUUACAAAAUCAUCAAUAACCUAACCCCUCCUUAUCUUAAGAAUCUCAUAAAUCUAGAACCUGCAAACAAAUAUUCCCUUCGUAACGAAGACAAAUUAAAAGAAACUCGCUGUCGUACUGAAAUUUUUGCUAAAUCAUUUAUCCCAUCCAGUAUAAGGGAGUUGAAUAAACUCAGUACCCCAGCGAGGAAUUCUAGAUCCCUGAAAAUUUUUCUCCGAUCAUCUAUCGAAAUUUGAUAUCAAAGUUCCUUCGUUUUAUUAUAACGGUCAGCGGAACCCCCAAAUAAUCCAUUGUAAAUUACGACUUCGAUGCUCUGACCUGCAGGGUCACAAAUUCCUACGACAUAUUGCCGACAGCCCCGCAUGCCUCUGCGGUCAUAUAUUUGAAGAUCCCGAUCAUUACCUCCUGCGAUGUUCCUUACAUUCAAUUGCACGAAUAGAAACCAUAGACAAAUUACAACAUGAUUUUAAAAAUAUAAACUGUCUUUUAUUCGGCUCCACAGCCUACAGUCUUGAUGUUAAUUCUAAUAUUUUUAAUCAGGUCCAUAAAUUUAUAGAUAUAUCAAACAGAUUCUAAUCUCAUCUCGAUCAAAUAAUAAUUUAUCUUCUCUUUCAUGUAUGUAUAGUCUCUCUAAUGCUGAUUAUUAUUAAAAGAUUCUUACUGUGCUUGCAUAUGUAUAAUUAUUAACUACUAUGUAUACUGUACAUUUUCACCCAUUUUAUUAUAUCCAUAUUAUAUGUAUGUGUUUGCCAUUUUAACUAUGUAUAUACACCCUUUUGUAUUAAUAAUAUAUAUGUAUAUACAAAUCCCAUUCAGUCAACCUGAAUAAAAAUAUGGUUUAAAAAAAAAAGAGUUAACUGGCUUGGAUUCGAUUCCUCAGUUGUACGUGAGAAGGAGUAGGGUUGCCUGUCCAACCUCGUGGGUUUUCUCCGGUUCCUCCGGUUUCCCCCCACUGCUAAAGACCCCUACGCGCAAGCGAAUUAUUAAAAUAAAAAUUGAACCAUGUGUUAGCCCCGAGUGGACGUUAAAACUCUCUCUCUCUCUCUCUCUCUCUCUCCCUCCACAAGGUCAGUGUCUACUUGAGAAAUACACAUACAGACAUCCUUUUUUAGGGCUAGUUACCCCGAUUAAAUUAAUUUUGUUGAUGGUAAUGUAAGACCGGAUAAUCUAGCCAAUGACCUAGUUAUUCUCAAAGGUUGUCAACCCAUCAGAUUAAUAUUUGUAGAAUAUUUAUCUGCAUGAUAGAGACUAGAAAUGUAAUUGAUGGGCACUGAUUCCAAGUCGGGCGGUUAUCUAGCGUUGAUAUAUCAGUUUCACUAAAUGUUAAACAAUCAAUCUGAAAACAUAUUAUCGUGGAUUAGGAUGUUCGAAAAUUAUAUUUUCCGACAAAAUAUAUCUCUCACCGUUACUUUAAGUGGCAUUUUAGCAAUUGAUAGGUAUAACACUACACAUGUAUAUGGACUACGUACACUUACUGAUUAAUCUACAAGGAGCGCUUCGACGUUGAUGCUCUCGUCGUUCCUUCUUGGUCAUUACCAAUAAACUUUGGAAUGUAUGGUCCAGCAAACAGCAUACAGUAGGUAUCACGGCUGUGUAUUGAAACUAACAAGUAGAGCAAUUAAGGUGUAAUAUUGAAUUUUAACGGUAUUGUAUAUUAUAUAAAUAAUAAUAAUUGUUUUGUGAAAGAACUAUUUUAAGAUUAUGUAUAGAUUUAUAUAUAAUAAUUGUUUUGUUAAUAAACCAUUUUAAGAUUAGAAAUAUAAUAAAA